AUGGUAGAUGUCGGGCGUCCCGAUUCCCCCAACUCGUUCCAGCGAGCUCAGCUCGGCAGCCCGGAUUCCGUGAAGGUCGAGUUCGAUCGGGCUGCCUCUCCGCGCUUGCACAGACGCCGGCCUUUCUCAAGAGGCGGGCGGCGGCCAGCUCGCGCUCCGGAGCCAUGGGAGGAGAUGCUGGACUUGGUGCCGGCCCCGCCUCCCCCUCCAGUCACAGGCGGCGUUCGCACCUUCGAUCAGCUGCCUUCCGGUGAGAUGCAGUCCAGAGGGAACAAGGAGCCUGUGCUGCGGGCCGACUGGACUAUUCGACGCUUGAAGGUGGACAUGAAGACGGUGCAGGUAAAGUACAGGAGCUUGCUUGUGCCAGCGGGGCAGUAUAUAUCUUCUGCACAUUUCCGGCUAGGUCGGCAAACGGCAGCGUUGAGGUUUUGGCCUAAUGGUCUCUUCGGGAACGCGACGAAGAAAGCCCGAGUUCGCAUGGACUUGGGGGGACUGAAUGCUGACUCAUGGUGCGCCAUUGGGCUGGCCAUGCCGGAGGGCACCAAGCUGCGAUUUCGACUUCACGUGGGAUUCCAGUGGUCAGAGGUCAGGACUUGCCAAUGGCAACCGACUGGAUCGAUGGUGCAUCAGAUUUGGACGCCUCCACAACAGGAGCCAGGUGAGCUCUCAAACCUGGUGGUUGGGGUCGAAGUCUUGCAGGACUUCACGUCCGAUUCUUUGCCAGGCGUGGUGGCCUCACCAUGGUUGAGCUCCCCGCGGUUCCAAAGGCUGCCAAAUGUCGACAACGAUCCUGUCAAGGAUCCGAGCAACAGGCAGAAGACCUUACAGAAGGCCAAGGACGGAGUUCCCGUGCUCAAGGCGAUGCGAACCGACCGCGGGAUUGCAUUGCCAUCGCCCAGAUUCGGAUUCGGCCUGGAGCUACUUCGCAGCUCCCCUCGCUGCCGGAUGGCUCCUGCAUGA